AUGUUGUUAGGCGAGAGUCGAGCGGUAGUUCGUCCGAAGUUACACCGAAACUUUCACAAUAAUGCUGCGCUAAAGAUGAGUCGACAGCAGGACGAGCAGGGCGUCGUGUUAACCGCUUACACCAGCAACAGCGAAGCCUUACCGGCUGUCGGCUGCAAAGAGCAAGCGGAGUUUCCAGGAGCGAGCCGCAGAACCGGCCAGUACAAUGUCCAGCGGGGCAAAGCGGCCGGUGCAGCUCUGUGCUCGAGCUCAGGGAAAGCACCGUACCAGCGCUGCAGCUCCCAGGACUCUCUGGACGAGCAGGCCAUGGUGGACUACUUCAGAGAGGUGGAGAUCAUCCAGCGCAGCGGAGACGCAGAGACGCAGGAGGACCUGCAGCUGAAGGUGGCUGAUGAGGGCGAGCAGGAGGAGGCGUGGCUGAUGGAGGCGGGGCUUGCGACGCUGUUCGACGAAUCGGCUUCAGACGGCGAGGAUGGCAUCGUUCUGCUGUCGACUCUGACCCGAACGCAAGCGGCCGCCGUGGAGAGACGCGUGGAGACGCUCAAACAGACGCUACGCAAACGCAACAAACCGUACAGUGUCCCGGAUGUUCGAGAGAUCUUUAAACCAUCUCCUGCUUCACAGAGUAAAGAUGAGGCUGGAUCCACAGAAAGAAGUGGGAGCAAUAAACAGGAAGUGGAAGGACUGGGUAAUGGGGUGGGGCCUGGCGCUCCAGGGGGCGGAGCUGAUGCUGAGACGGACAUUAACCUGGAGGUGUCGUUCUCCGAGCAAGCACUUAUCUACAAAGAAGGGUUGAAGGUUACCCAGCCCCAGAAUGAAGCUGACGACAGGUUACCCGAUUUUAAAGUGUCCCAGGAUAAGACCGGACAGACAAGAGUAGGCGAUCUGUCCGCUGAGGACAUGAAGAAGGUUCGCAGGCUUGUUCUGAUCGAGAUGAGCGCUCUGUUCGACACGUGUGGCAUCGAGGUGAAGGCUCAUAAAGCUCUCAAGGUCAAAGUGAGAGAGUCGGGUUUGUUUGGUGUUUCUCUCUCUACGCUGCUGGAACAAGACCAGCGGAGGAUCCCGGGAACCAAAGUGCCUCUUAUCCUGCAGCAUUUGAUCUCUCAUAUAGAGGAGCAGGGUUUAGACACAGAGGGUGUGCUGCGGAUCCCUGGAGCCGCUACUAGAGUGAAGGCCGUCUGUCAUGAGCUGGAACACAAGUUUUACGAAGGCGUGUUCCCGUGGGAGAGUCUCAAACAGCACGACGUAGCCAGUCUCCUGAAGCUGUUCAUCAGGGAGCUGCCUUAUCCUCUGCUGACCGUCGAGUACUUCAACGCCUUCGUCUCUGUGCUGAAGCUGCCCACUAAGAAACAGCAGCUGCAGGCUCUCAAUCUGCUGGUGCUCCUGCUGCCCGAACCCAACAGAGACACUCUCAAGGCUCUGAUGGAGUUCUUCCAAAGAGUGAUCGACCAUAAAGACAGGAAUAAGAUGACGCUGAACAACGUUGCAGUGGUGAUGGCACCCAACAUCUUCAUGUGCAAGGGCUUCCGCAGUAAGAUCAGUGAACAGCAGGAGUUCGCUAUGGCCACUGGCACGGCUAACAUCGUCAGGCUGCUCAUCCGCUACCAGAACCUCCUCUGGACGAUUCCCAAGUUCAUCCUGAAUCAGGUGCGCAAACAAAACAUGGAGAACCAGCGGAAGAUGAACAGAGACAGAGCGGUUAAAAAACUACUGAAGAAGAUGGCGUACGACCGCGAGAGAGCCUCUAACAAACAAGAGAGCAACGCUGAGGCUGAAGGAGGCUUCAUAAGGGUCCAGGCUCCUCAGUUCUCGAUGGUGUCCAUGGCUGUACAGCUGACGGAGGAUUUAAAGGCCUCAGAUGUUCUGACACGCUUCCUCAGUCAAGAGAGGACUCUGUCUGUGAAACGAGAGGAUCUGUGUCUCUAUGAGAUGGGAGGAAACAUCAAGGAGAGAUGUCUGGAUGAAGAGACGUACAUCAAAGCUCUUCUGGAGCUCAACCCCAGUGCAGAGUGGGUCAUAAAAUCCGUCCAGCACUGACCGAGCCAUGCCAAUCACCCCAUCCCGCCAUGCACCUUACAGUCCACCGCAAACAGACCAUUAAAGGGAAAGCAGCAGAGUUCAGUAUAUAAUAUAUUUCACAUUCAUCUCGUCCUCUGCCGAAGCGCACACCUCCAACACUAUAACCUACACAGAUAUGGUUUUCAGGAGAUGCUUGGGUAGCAGUUGUAUGCACAUCCUUUAUAGUAAAAGCCAAAAAAGCUCAUAGUGUCUGUGCUCAUUUAGUCUGGUUUGGCACUUUGGCACAUUUUAAUCACUUGUGAAGAAUAGGUUGUUUGUUAGUACAAAAAUCAGAGACUAAUUUACCAGGUUUUCUAGAAAAUGUAUAUAUAAACACUUAAUUAACUAAAUAAAUUUUUCUUUAGGGUAAAAUAUGACCCAGACAUGUGCUUUAUAGGUUUAGUGAGACGCACCCAGCCACAAAUCUCAUUCAUAUAUAGAUUGUGUAUUGCAUGAAAAUAUUGUCUCAGACAAGUGAAGUACUGAGGUACACCUACAUUUCACACGUUUCUUCCUUAAACAUUUGAUUACAUGUGAGUGAUCUCUUAGUAUUGUUCAAUCUCUGCUUUAAAUCAGUCACAUGACUUCAGUCUUACAGUAGCUCACACUGCCAAUAAAAGUUCACUGCACUCUAUUACUUAUUCAGUCGCUCCCAGGGAUCUUGGAUGUACUUUUUUUUUCAUGUUGGAGAAAAUAAUGUAAGUCAGAUGAUAUUGUAUGUCCGUAAAGGAUUCAUGACUGAAAACAACAGGAAUCAAGUUUCUCAGCUAAACACAGACCUCAUAAAGUACUUCAAUGGAGGGAAACACUUGGCACUUAAACUGACCUUGUCUGUUAUUUACAAUGUUGCAGAUGUCAUUUCAAUGAGUAGUUUUGAGCUGUGAUUUUUAUUUUUUACUGCUAUUUCUUUUUGCUGAUGUAAUGCUUUGAUUGUGCUGGAAACUGUGAAUAUGGCGAAAAUGACUGUUGCUGCAAGUUUUGUUGCUUCUGAAAAUAACCACUAAAUGUUUUUGUAAAUAAAUGUGUAAUUCCUCA